UCUACAAGAAAUAUCGUGUUCUAUUGGAAGAAUGUCUUUGCAGCUCUUGUACUUCAGUGAUACAUUUUGAUGAUAAUGUGAACAGCGAAAGUACAUCCAAAAUUGAGAAACGUCCAAUGCACUGCGAAACUGUAGAUAUCUGGGCCGAAAGAUUGAUGAAGAUUUCUAAAAAACUCUCUGCAAAGACCCUUAAAAAGUGCGAAUCAUUUUUUUCCGCAACACCGAAAAUGUCGCCGCCAACAAUUUCCCUGGCAAGACCAAAAGACGUUCAAACCUGCACACCACGAUUUAUGAAUAUUUUGCCUUCUGACUAUGAGGACUACCCAUGCACAUGGCUCACUAGUCGUUCCCCAAAAACUCUUCAGGCAGAACUUGUUGAGGUACCACGUCAAAAUGUCGCCUUAUCGGCGGGAGAUGCCGGUCAUCUGAUCAUCUCAUCAGCGAUGAACCCAGAAUUUAACAGACAUAUAACUAAUCCAAAUGCAAUACAUGAUACCAUUCAGUUCAAAACCAAGGCAAAUGCCUCUCCAAAUGUCGACACGGCCUUUCGAUUAUAUGGCAAACAUGGGAACGGAUUCAUGAUACGACCAGUGAAGACAAUACAUUCAGGUGUUGAUAGCCUCCGUUUUGCCCGCCGUGUAAUAACCGAGGCUCAACACGUAUUUUUUCACAUGCCUAGAGACAACGUAGGCGAGGUAACUGUUAAGAAGGACGAGUAUGGCUGUCUUUUGCUGGACAUUUAUGUUCAGAGAGAUGAAGGUGCUGAAAUUCGUUUGCUAGCUGAGGUCUUAGCUGCAGAAGGUCUUACCGUACCAGUUGUGGAAGAAGGCGUCGACGAAGGAAUAUUUAAAUCUAUGAUAGAUGCAAAACGCAGACAUGCCGGUCUUUUUGAGUUACCAGCUGAGACACGGAAAUUUCCAUUCAGACCUUGGGACAUACAACAGGGAGAAAAUCCAUUAAAAAAUCAAGAAAUGACUGAAAAAAUUUUUUAA